UACCGAAGCAUGUUGUAUUAGUUUGGAGGCUUAUGGCAAUGAGAUGUUUUUAGUUGUGUACAUGUGCCUUUGAAACGCACUGACUCUCUGCUCUGCUGAUUUGCUCAGUAGGCUCAUGCCCAGCUCAAAAAGUUAAUUGAAUGACUGUUUAAUCCUCCAUUCCCGGAUAGUUUGUUUUACAUAGCUAUACUCUUCAUGGCCUCAAUACAGCUUUCAUGUCAUAGAGAAUAUUAUCUACAGCACAUUUUUUAUAAUUUCUCGGUGGAAGUUACAAUAUGAAAUUUCCAUGAUAACCACCUGAAGCAUGUCAGGUGUCAAGAUGACUGAUGUAGGUUUUGAACUAUGUCAAUUUGCCCCUGUAAUUAGCUUUUGAGAUUUGAGCUUUUGCAGUCUGUCCAUGUGCAACAUAAUUAAUCUGCUUGCUGAGGAAAAUAACUCCUGAGGGGUAGAGCUCUGAUUCUGAUACGCAGAGAAGUUGGCUGUGAAAGUUUUGCUUCCUGUUUUCUGUGUGUGUAAAAGGGCAGAUGCAGCUGCCAAACUUCCAAAACACCUGUGUAACCGCCAGAAAGAGACAUAAAAUUAGCAAUGCAGAUUUAUUUAAGCAGUCUUGCUUUGGUGAAAAUUCUGUAGAGCAGAUAGGUCCAUUUCCUCUUAAACCAGAGUUAUGUAAAUACUGCAAGAGUAGAUGUAUUUUGAGUUUGGGCUGUUAAAAAUUCUUUCCUUUCCUUGAACUCUUAAUACGUGCACUGUACUGAAAGUGGAUGUUUUCUUAGAAUUAUAUAGCCUACUUAAAUAAAUCUUUCUACUUCUGGAGGUAUCAAUUAUUAACUAUUAAAAAGGAAUUAUCAUCUCAUGUGAGAUUCCUCAGCCUCAAGAUUAUGUAUGUUUGAAAUUCUGGCUUGAGAAUAUAAGCUGAGUAUGCAGAAGUCUUUUGCUGGUUCUUUGCUCAGGAAUGAAUUUCAUACACAAAAGGGUUGGACUCAAUAUCAAGAAAUGUUGAACAGAAAACAAAACCAUGUUUCUCUACCUCUGUAAAGAACCAAGAGAAUUCUGUAAGACAUAAUGGGACCCCUUACAAAUAUCUUUGUCUUUGCCUGGAUCUUUAUGUUCACUCUUUGGAAUAAUAUCCAUCUGACUGUGGCAAAUGAAUUUAUUGCAAACUAUUCAAGCAGUUUGCUAACUAGUGUUCCAAAAAACAUUUUAGUUGAUACUCGUGUAUUAGAUUUAUCACAUAAUAGGAUCUCUGAACUUAGUAUCUUUGAUUUUAUGUCUCUUUCUGAUCUUCAAGUAUUAAAUCUUUCUCAUAAUGUAAUUACAGAGCUUGACUUCAAUGUCUUCAUGUUUAAUCAAGAUUUAGAAUACUUAGAUUUGUCUCAUAACAACAUUUUGAAAGUUUACUGUCAAACUGUUGCACGUCUUAGAUAUUUAGACCUUUCCUUCAAUGAGUUUGUUGCCUUGCCCAUCUGUCAGGAAUUUGGGACCAUGUUUCAUCUGGAGUACCUAGGAUUAAGUGCCACAAUGAUACAGAGAUCAGACUUCAGAUACAUCACACAUUUGCAGCUGCACACUGUCUUCCUAACCUUACAAGACUUUUCUAGGUAUGACCCUCAGAGUCUGACAGCCUUAAAUACAAGGAGCCUUCACAUAGUUUUUGCAGCAAACCAGAACUUCAGUUUUUUCCUCUUGUUUGAUGGAAUGAGUACUUCAGAAAAUUUAAAAAUAAGUAACAUAAGAUAUACCUUGAGCUACAAAGAUUUCCCUUCUCCUUCUUUAGAGUUUCUGAAAAAAAUUAAGACAACAGCUCUGACAUUUGACAAUGUGGAUUUACAAUGGGGUAUUAUUUUUCAAAUUUUCCUGCUUAUUUGGUAUUCACCUGUAGAGUAUUGGACUGUGAAAAAUUUAACUUUUCGAGGAUCAGUUGGGAAGCUGACAGAAUAUGAAUAUUUAUUCUUACUAAGCUUUCAGGAACAACCAGUCCAUUGGGGUGGCUCCAUGAAAGCACUGACUGUGGAGCAUGCUCGUAAUAAGGUUUAUUAUUUUGACCAGGCAAUUCUAUACAGACAAUUUUCAGAGAUGAAUAUUGAAAAUUUAACAAUAUAUGAUGCGUAUAUGCCACACAUGCUUUGCCCCAAUAGAACAAGCUCCUUUCAGUAUUUAAAUUUUUCUCACAAUGCCCUGACAGAUGAAUUGUUCCAGAAUUGUGUCACUCUGACAGAUUUGAAAUCACUUAUUUUGCAGAGAAAUAAAUUUAAGAGCCUUUCUAAGGUGAGCUUCAUGACCAGCCAUAUGAAAUCACUGAAAUAUUUGGACAUGAGCAGCAACUUGCUGCAACAUGAUGGGGCUGAGGAGCACUGCCAAUGGGCCGACUCACUGGCAGAUCUGGACUUAUCCUUCAACCAGUUGACGGAGUCUGUGUUUGAGUGCUUGCCAGUCAAUAUCAAAAUCCUUGAUCUACAAAACAACCAGAUCGCAAGUGUCCCCAAGGGGAUUGCUGAGCUGAAGUCCUUGAGAGAGCUGAAUCUUGCUUCGAACCGUCUAACUGACCUGCCUGGGUGCAGUGCCUUUCCUGCUCUGGCAGCCUUGAACAUAGAGGCGAAUUCAAUCCUUACGCCAUCUGCUGACUUCCUCCAGAGCUGUCAGAGGGUGGGGGAGCUACAAGCAGGGCGCAAUCCAUUCAAGUGCUCCUGCGAACUGCGAGCCUUCAUCCGCUUGGAGAAGCAGUCUGGGGGGAAGCUGUCAGGCUGGCCGGAGGCCUAUGUGUGCCAGUACCCAGAAGACUUGCGAGGAACCCAGCUGAAGGACUUUCACUUGAGUGAACUGUCUUGCAACACCACCCUCUUGCUUGUGGCAGCUCUGCUCCUGACGCUGGUGCUGGUGGCUGUGGUGGCCUUUCUGUGCGUCUACUUUGAUGCGUUGUGGUAUGUGCGGAUGAUAUGGCAGUGGACGCAGACGAAGCGGAGGGCUUGGCACAGCUACCCCAAAGAGCAGGAGAACAUUCUGCAGUUUCACGCUUUCAUUUCGUACAGCGAACGUGAUUCUUUGUGGGUGAAGAACGAGCUGAUCCCAAACUUGGAGAAGGGGGAGGGCUGUGUGCAGCUGUGCCAGCAUGAGAGGAACUUUGUCCCGGGCAAAAGCAUUGUGGAGAAUAUCAUUAACUGCAUAGAGAAGAGCUACAAGUCGAUCUUUGUGCUGUCUCCCAACUUUGUGCAGAGCGAAUGGUGUCACUAUGAGCUGUACUUUGCCCAUCACAAGUUAUUUAGUGAGAACUCCAAUAGCUUAAUCCUCAUUUUGCUGGAGCCGAUCCCUCCGUAUGUCAUUCCUGCUAGGUAUCACAAGCUGAAGGCUCUCAUGGCCAAGAGAACGUACCUGGAGUGGCCGAAGGAGAGGAGCAAGCAUGCCCUUUUCUGGGCUAACUUGAGGGCGGCUAUUAGCAUCAACCUACCAAUGUCUUUUGAAGCAAAUGAGGAGUAGAGAGUGGCAGUAUUUUUACUAGUAAUAUAAGUCAGCAUAUGAGUAAUUAACUGUAUUGCAUUAAAUUGUAUUAAUCAAUUUUUUUUUUUUUACAUUUUUUGGCAGGUUGUUUACAUUGUAGCAGAAUUUCAUUGUAAUAUAUAUAUAGCAAUUGCUACUGCUUGUUUUAGUGGUCAAAGUAUUGCAUCAGAAAUCUUCUCUGCUUGUCCAUCAUCAAAAAGAGAAGGAGAAAAAAUGUUCAUAGAGAUUGCACUUAUUUUUAUAGACUUGGGUUUCAUUUAUUUUGGCAUUCUCCUCUUAAUUCUAGACAUAUUUGAAAGUAACGAAAGUACUGAUUGGUUGAGUGUUAUCAGGGUUGUAAAGUCUUGCAUUUAAUCUAUGUUCUGCCAGGGAUGUUGUGGGGAUAAGAUGGUAGGGAUCUACUUCCUUGUGCUUAAUUAGAAUAUACAAGCAAACAAGAAAAUCCCUCUUGUGUAAAGCCAUUUCUGUAAAUCGGUAUAAUAGAUAACAAGGGUACAGUACACCUUCAGACAUCAGUGGAACUCAUUACAAGUCUGUACUCAGACAGAAGGAUUUGUUCAAAGUCCCAUGAACUCAGUGGAGUUUUCCCCUUAACCACAAACAGAGACUUUCUGAGCUGAAAGUUGGAGCCAUUAUGCCCUGUUUAACAUCCUGGUUACUUUGCUGUACUUAAAAUUACAGCUUCCCUGGAUUUACGUCAUAAGUCAUGAUUUCAUAGAAUUCACUUUUGAUUAGGUUAAAAAUAUUAGUUAAUAUCCGAACUUGUGAAAAAUCUAUAGUACUACAGCAUUGCUUCCAUGAGCAUGCCAAGCUAUAUUGACAUGCUUGUUUUUCCUGUUUUGUGAAAGAUAGUUAUAUAUUUUAAUAAGAUAUAAUUUUUAUUAUGGCCUCUGUCAACUAUAACAGGGCAAAGAGAAAGAGAUUCCCUCAAUCUAUUAAGUUACUGUUGCAUUAUGAAAGUUUCCCUCAGCUGUACCACCGUAAUUCUUGUUCUAUUAUAAAAUAUAUUUUAUUACUUUCUCUCUGCAGCAACCAAUAACUAGCCUACAUUGUGUGACAUAAUGUAGUUUUAUAGGUAUUUAGAAUAUGUAUUAUCUGAUAAUAUUACCAUUGUCCUAUAAAUAAAAGGGGCUUUCCUAUAAUACUGCAAAUGCACAGUAGGAGACAGAGCUCGCACAACCAGUGAGAAAGGAUUGCAUCACCAGAACUGUCACUGAAUUAGCACAUUUAUUCAGUAUUUAAACUCAGAAGCUUCAUGUUUUGGGGUGAAUCCCCUUUUAUCUCCAGAGUUUCACUGAACUCUAAUAUCUUGCCCUUUUAUCAGCAGGCACUGAGAGUCAUCAUGCAAACAGGAGAAUUUUCAUUAGCAAAUAAUCUCUCUGCUAAAGUCAAACUAAUUAAACUAAUGAUAUUUGUUGAUAGGAAAGAUUUAUCAUCUGUGACACUUGGAUUUAAUUUUAUAAUCUAAUAAACCUCUCAUUUUUUUAUCAGUUA